GCAGAUAAAAGGGCGAGAGCAAUGAGCGAUCACCUUAGUCCUGUUCCUUUUCUGACACGCAUUGUUGGAAUGCCGCAAUUCUCACAGUGAACUUCCCAGGAUAACAGUAACGGAGGGAGGUAAAUGGGAGACUGCAUGGGUGAACCUGUUGGCAUUCAGCUGACGUGGUCACUUUAAGACGCCCUUGCGCGCGAGACGCACCAAUAGGAGCUCGAGGGGGGCGGGACUUCGGCCGUGACACAGACACGUGUACACGGGGAAGCAGGAAGUGAAGCUGUUCAGUCGGUGCCUGUAAACAGCAGCAUGAUCGCGGGCGUCAGUCCUGUGUCGCAGGCCCUGCUGGGGACCCUGUUCACCUGGGGCCUCACCGCAGCUGGGGCCGCUCUCGUCUUCGUCUUCUCCAGCAGACAGAAGCGGGUUUUGGAUGGCAGUCUGGGAUUUGCCGCAGGGGUCAUGCUGGCCGCCUCUUAUUGGUCUCUGCUGGCUCCUGCUAUUGAGAUGGCCGAGGAUUCUGGGAAAUAUGGCGACUUUGCCUUCUUCCCUGUCGCUGUGGGUUUUGCGCUCGGGGCUCUGUUCGUUUAUAUUGCAGACGUGAUGAUGCCCUUCUUGGGUGUUGGGACGGACCCUCACGUGGCCCUGGCGCUGCCGUCUGAUGCCAAGCAGGCCAAAGAGAAGAAGAAGAGCUCGACGGUGGGCCUGCCGGAGGACGAGGAGCUGUCCAUCAGGAUAGGUAGAGCAGGACUUCACUCAGAUAAAAUCGAGAAUGGAGAGGUGUAUCAGAGACGCAGGGGUCCCAACCCCGGCCACACGGAGGAGCAGGACGUGAGUCCUAAAGCACAGGAAGUGAGCGGUCAAACAGGAAGUAGCUGGAGGAGAAUCGUUCUGCUGAUCCUGGCCAUCACUAUACAUAACAUUCCCGAGGGUUUGGCUGUCGGCGUGGGCUUCGGGGCGGUCGCUAAAACUCCCUCGGCCACUUUCGAAAGCGCCAGAAAUCUGGCUAUUGGUAUUGGCAUUCAGAACUUUCCAGAAGGCCUUGCCGUGAGUCUCCCGUUGCGGGGAUCCGGGGUGUCCACAUGGAGAUCUUUUUGGUACGGCCAGCUGAGCGGGAUGGUGGAGCCUGUGGCGGGGUUGCUAGGGGCCGUUGCCGUGGUGCUGGCGGAGCCGUUGCUACCCUACGCUCUGGCCUUCGCUGCGGGAGCCAUGGUGUACGUGGUGGUGGAUGACAUCAUCCCCGAAGCCCAAGUCAGCGGGAACGGGAAACUGGCCUCGUGGAUGUCCAUCCUGGGCUUCAUCGUCAUGAUGUCAUUGGACGUGGGCCUCGGCUGAGCAUUUUCAUCGGUCGAAUGUCAGAACGUCAGCUGACUGCACUGAAAAAAGUGACCAAAGCAGCCUUUCUUCUCGGUGUAUAGGUUUAUUGAUCAUUGGAAUAUUUUUCUACUUAAUGUAUUUUAUGUACUUUUUGAUAUGGGAGCCUGUCUCUGCCACUGGUUAAAAGUUACUUGCAACUUUUCGUCACAAAAUUCUAACUUUUGUUGGGUUUUAUUUGUUUAGAAAUAGAGCUAUUAUGAGAAAUCGUCAGAAUUUUUUUUUGUCCUCUAAAGUAGGCUUUAAAUAGUCAGAAUUGUGAAAUAAAAGACCAUUAUCUUUUCUUAUUUUUUCAUUCAAUGGCAGAAACGGGCUUCCGUAGUUUUAUGAUUGACUCACGGACCGCAUUUAUUUAGACGGGGCAGAAAGAUUGAUUGCAAAAUACUUGAAAAAUGACUCAAACUUGAAUGAGUGACCUGAGGGGUUGUUUAGGUGUGUGUGUGUGUGUGUGUGUGUGUGUGUGUGUGUGUGUGUGUGUGUGUUUCCCAUCAUUAAUUUAAAGACCAUAUGUUCUCAAUAUUGUUGUGCACUCAAUUGAACGACUCAGUAAAUUGGAUGUUUUUGAACUA